CAGUGACGUGGAAUUCCAUUGAUGCAGUCACAGCUGCCGAAAAAGCACAGACUCACCAACAUUUCAGAGCUGCUCCACUAACUUUCUUCAUUUUUAGGAGCUGGACCGCUCGUUUUCUUUCCGUCGGUUGUCACAUCCGAGCUCGGUUUUGUCGCAGCUUUUAUAACAGACUCCAGAAUGAGUAAAAACAGCAAAGUGUUGAACCUGAAGGAUAAAAUCAGUGGGAAUGAAGUGGACCUGAGCCUGUGUAACCUCACCGAGGUGCCAGUCAGAGAGCUGGCUUUAUUCCCCAAAGCAACUGUUGUGGACUUGUCUUGCAACAACAUUACCUCCCUUCCACCAGAGUUCUGCACCCUGACCCACCUUGUGAAGGUAGACCUGAGUAAGAACCAGCUCACCUGUCUGCCAGAUGACCUUGGGAACCUGGUCAACCUCCAACAUCUGGAUCUGUACAACAACAAGCUGACUGAGCUGCCCGUCAGCUUCUCUCAGCUCAGGAGUCUGAAGUGGUUGGAUCUGAAGGAUAACCCGCUGGAGCCCGGCCUCGCCAAGGCAGCAGGAGACUGUCUGGAUGAGAAGCAGUGCAAACAGUGUGCCUCCAAGGUUCUACAGCACAUGAGAGCCAUCCAGGACGAGGUAGAUCGAGCGCGAGAGAAGCGUCUUUUGAGGGAAAAAGAGCUGGAGAGGAAGAGGGAGGCAAAGCAGAGGGAGCGAGAGGCAAGAGAGAAAGAGGCUCGUAAACGGGAGAAGGCAGAGGAAAAGGAGAAGAGGAGGAAAGAGUACAACGCUCAGAUGGCGGCCUUAGCUGCACAGGAACAGCAGAAGAAGAAGAGCGAGGAGAAGAAGAAAAAGAACGGACAGGCAGCAGAUAAAAAAGUCGCCGUGGAAUCAGCACGAAAACCUCGACGUUCUCUCAUUGGCCUGCUGUUCAAGCUCCUCCUCCUACUGCUGCUGGGAUUAGUGGGAGUCGCCACCACCUGCCGACUGACCGACCUGCAGAAGGAGGCCAUGUGCGUGCCAGUCAAUGUCGCCGUGGACGAUGGCCUAUCCUGGGCCAGGGAGCAGGAGGGUGUGGUGAGACAACUGGUGCAAAACCUGUCAUCUGCUGCGAAGGAGUUUCUUGAAUCCACACAAACGUCUAAGAACUAAAUACUCACCUGAGCUGCAGGUUUUCCACUCUCACCUGUGAAUCCUGGGAUUUUUUUUUUAAUAUGCUGAAAUCAUGAUUCUCAUUAAGAUGGGCAACCCUGCACCCCCUCACCCUGUUUGUGGUGCUGGGAGAUGAAGAGUCUGUACAGAAAGACAAAGGGGGACGGACGAAUGUGUUAAACUCAGCUUAAAUUCCUAUGGAAUUGUUGUUGCUCUUGUAUCCUCUUUGUAAUACAGCCUGUUUUUAAAAAAUAGUCAUCAUCUUAAAAUAACUCUCUCUCCACCAUGUUUUGCACAUAAACCAGCACCAGAGGUUGGUUUGUGUUUCACUGCAUGAUUUGGAGCGCGGGCUGUAUUUGAGAGAUGUUCAGUGAAAUGUCAGGUCGCCCUGUCUGUGCUGCACUGGAGUGUCAAGUCACAUGUUAGCUGCCAGUCAGAGUUGUGCAUCAGCCAAUCAGUGUCAGUCGUGGCAGUCUGAGCAUGUGCAGUGAAGGCUGUGUGAAUGUAGAGCUCACUCGUCUUUGCCCUCCACCAUCUUUAUAGUCUUACUAUAAGUCACAGCUAAUACAGAACGUCUGCUGUAUAAACUAAAGCCCACAGAUAAAUUGGUGGAUUUUAAUUGGAUAUAUCAGGCGUAUAUGUUGGCAGAACGUGCGCACAUGCCAAAGAUAUGUUUGGAGGUAAUACAGAAACUGUGUUGUCAUUACAUAGUUUGUCCACCAGAGAGCAAAAUGUCCUGCUUAGUAAAUAUUGUUGAUCACAGCUCUUAAAAGGUGCUACAUAUAAGUUUUUGUUAGCAUUUUCAGUUGCUUACUUAACAACCUAGAAGAAAUGUGAGAGUUCAGCAUCAAAACUUAAUUCUUUUACUCACUAAGAGAUAUCCUCAGCUGUGGAAAACAACGCCAACGUUAACUCUUGUUUUCUGUCACUUCUUUGCCACUCCUGAAGUUAGCAUGCUAACAAGCUAACCGCUUUGCAAUAGUGAAUCAUUAUAGCGUCCAGCCUGCCCUCAGUCCAACAUGAGAAUACGAUGAAGUAAUGCUGCCCAUAUUCUAACAUCUUGUCUUGUAAACACAAUGAUAGUUGACGCUUUAGAUAAGUAAGCAGCUGUUAAUGCUAUCGUUCUCUAUGUAGUGAUAGAAAAAACUAACAUAUAGCACCUUUAAUAACCAAAUUUAAGGGGUACUUAAAGAAAAUGCAGACAUUUUUGCAUGAAAAUUACUGUAACGAUUAGUCGGUUGCCAAACAUAGUUGCUGAUUAUUUUUCGGCAACAGUUUCAGCUGCUAGUUUUUCUUUCUUUCUUUAUCAGCCAGUAUAUAUCAUCCAUGAGAUUUUUUUUUUCAGAAAGUCGCAAACAUUGACAAUCUGUAUUGGUCUUUAAAAUCUGGUAUCAGUCAGGUUCUAAAUGCUCAAAAAAUGACCAGACCAAAGACUUAGCAUGUAUUAGCCCUUUUGCUAAAAUCCUGUCUACAUCACAGAUAACCAUUUUGCAAAUAAUGCUUUGAACAUAUUUUUCCUACUGUCACUAGUCUCCCUUAAUAUCCAUGCAGCCUGAAAAGUAAUUAGCAGACUCUUGAAACUACUCACUGUAGUUGUUUAAUCCAUCACACUGAACAUGAAGCUUUCAUUAAUUUGUUAGAUCUGCAUUUAAACUGCAUUACCAGUGAACAAUAAUGGAACUUUGACCAAAAUCACUGGAGACUUGAUAUUCACUGUGAUGGACUGAUUAAUUUUUCAGACUGCACAGACAAAAAAGAAACCAGUGGCUGCGUAGAAGGUUGGAGAAAUACAGAACAACUGAUUUGCAGAAUAGGUUAUGGGGAUGUCACUUGUAAAAACUAGUGGUAUGGUCUUUUUUAAGCGGGUAGCAUUUAAUGUCACAUAAUCUGUUGAGUAAGGACUGAGUGUUUCCAUUAAACUAUAGGUCCACAGUCUGAAAUGCCUUUCUUCUUCUCAUCUAGCAGAUUUACUUUCCUGUUCUUUCAGAUUUACUGGUGAGUUUUUAAAUGAAACAUAUUGGCUGCCUUUGCUGCACUGGUUCUUGUACAGCUUUGUCCAUGCUCAAACAUUGUCAUUAAAUGGCUAUGCACUGCAAGAAAUA